AUGUCGGCCAGUACCAGCCCACAGACUAACCCCCGCGGCAUCCCGCUUGCCCCGUUCGUAGACGAAGUAGAGAAAUACGUCGACUCGAGGGAGGACAUUGAACCCAACCUGAGGAAGUUUCAGGAGAUGAUUGCAAAGUAUCAAUUCAUGGAAGCAAACACCCAACGCCGCGCGGCAGGAUUGAGGGAUAGAAUCCCGGACAUACAAAAGACGUUGGAUACCAUUUGUUUCUUGAAGGGGAGGAAGAGCUCAUCAAAACCCUUCGAAGCAACCUUUGAACUCAACGAUACCCUAUACGCGAGAGCUAAUAUCCCAGCUACGGAGGAGGUGUAUCUCUGGUUGGGCGCAUGCAAACGUAAUGCUGUCCUACUCCGUCGACGAGGCCGCAACGCUACUCAAGGGAAGACUUGA